ACCAUUGACAGAUGACUUAAUCGUAACACGGUUGCCAUACAUAUUAUACAGUUGUCACAUUUUUUGAACUUGGCGCCAAUUAAUAAAUAACCAAUUUUGAACACUAUUAUUAAGUUCUAGGUUAACUAUGACACUCUCAAACGAUUUUUUUUUCAAAUAAAUAAUAAUAUGCAAAUUUUAAUAAUUAUUGCAAAAAUCAAUAACGGCGCGUAGGCGCAUUGCACGUGGCCACGCUCCGUUAUCCUUACGCCCAUAUUAGCUGUAACUGCUGUAACCGCGUUUGCUAUAAACACAAAUCUGAUUUAUUGUCCAAAACAGCUUACCUGUUGCAUAGUAAGUUCAACAAGUCUCCCUUAAUCGAUACUACGGCAUGUCUGACCCAGCGGAGUUGCGAAAAGUGCUGGUUUUCUACACCGGAGGCACCAUUGGCAUGAAAAGAAACGACCAUGGAGUAUUGGUACCGGCUUCGGACGUGUUCGUCAAAAAAAUCCGUUCGUGUCCCGAGCUACACGACCCGGAACUAGCCGAAGCUUAUUGCGUAAGAGAGCACGAACUAAUCACGAAAAUACCCAGUUGCCCCGGACCGAUAACUUAUCAAGUGAGAGAGUACCAUCCGUUGUUGGACUCGAGCAACGUCAGCCCUAGGGAGUGGGUUAUUAUUGCCAAAAAUAUACAAGAAAAUUACAAUGAAUUCGAUGGUUUCGUGGUGUUGAAUGGCACCGACACCCUGGCCUACACCUCCUCGAUCCUCUCGUUCAUGUUCAAGAACUUGGCUAAGCCAGUGGUGAUCACCGGGGCACAAAUCUCGAUUUUUGAGGAUCCCAGCGAUGCCAAGAUGAACAUCUUGUCCUCUUUGACCUUCGCUGGAUGCUCGGAUAUACCCGAGGUGUGCGUUUACUUUGGGAGUAAAUUGAUGAGAGGUAACCGGGUGCGGAAAGUUCACACUUCGCAGUUGGACGCGUUCGAGUCCCUUAAUUAUCCCGUAUUGGCCGAGACUGGCAUGCAUAGCCGCAUUCAUCGCGGUAACACCUUACAGAAAUCCGAACGAGGUCCUCUAAUCAUCCAUAACAAGUUAUGCGAAGCAGUUGGAGUUUUAUUCAUAUUUCCCACGCUAACACGUACCCAGCUGCUGUCAUUCUUGGAACCGACCUUGGAGGGUGUGGUCCUAGUAACCUACGGCUCAGGUAACAUCCCCUCGCACCGCCAAGACCUCUUGGACGUGCUACGUAACGCCGUGGGAAGAGGAAUCGUCGUUGUGAAUGUGACUCAGUGUGCCCGAGGGCCCGUUAGUGUCAGUUAUGAAACCGGAAGAUGUUUACAAGAAAUUGGAGUCGUAUCUGGGCAUGAUAUCACUAUAGAGGCCGCUUAUGCUAAAUUAGUGGUCGUGUGUGGUAUGGUGAGGACCUCUGAGGAACGCACUGAGCUUAUGAAGCAAGUUCUACGAGGCGAAAUGACCCUUCUGUAAUGUUCGAAAAAUAUUGUUUAGAAUUAAUAUAAAUCCAUACUUAAUGUAA